AUGUGCUUGAAUCUACGUAGCUGGCCAGUCUUCAGUUCACUGGAGCCAAAAUUUAUUCCCGAGGUUGACAUGGUAUUUCUAUUAUUACUUACCGAACGUCUCAAAACAGGUAAAUUGGGUAAAAGUGCCUUAAUUGUAACAAAAGACAAGAAAGUAUAUGACCUGAUGAAUGACAAUCUCCAUGCUUUGGAGAGCAGAGACAAAAGCUCUUCUAUGCUAUAUCUGAAGGAGAUUAAGGAUUUGUGUAGAAAAGAUAUAAAAACGUUUGCGUAUGGCAGGGGAUCUCACAUGUUGGCACUCACGAAUGGAGGAGAGAAUGGAACAUUUAAUAUGGAUCUCACAUUUACUUUAAUAAACAUCCCUAUUAUUCAAGAUAGUCGGAACAUGAAGCACGUCGUGAACAUCGCAUGCGGCAAUAAACAUUCCAUCAUUCUAAUCAAGAAUGAUGAAGUAAAUAAACAUCGUUAUGCCUGGGAAUUAAAUAAUAGUGAACAGGCGGGUAACAGUACCUAUAGACUUCCUAUAACACCUAAGCUUAUUUUGUCUAAUGUUGGUUGUAUCUCCUGCGGCGAUAACUUCAUCAUGGCUGUCACUAGAAAUGGCAAGGUAUAUGAUUCGGGCAAUAACGACGUGGCUAAUUAG